AUGAGAAUGGAUCCAUUUAACAAAGAUCCGAUCAAACAAAAAAAAUAUCUGGUCAUAACUGGAGGAGGGAACCGCAGGUGGACCUUUCUUUCUUUCCUUGAUUCGUUGUAUGGUCCCUCUUCAUUAAUUUCCCCGACACACAUCGUAUUCUCUUUCCCCACCCCCAACACAUCACAUUCUCUCUCCCCCAUCCCCAACACUUCCCGUCUUCCAACACCACCGUUUCUCUCCCCUCUUUCUUCCUCGCGGGUCCGCGAGACUCGAGUUCGGAUCUCCGAUCGCCGUUUUCCCGCGAAACGAGUUUCCAAACUCAGAAUCCAGAUCCCUCCCAUUCCCCACAUCAUGAUCUCGAUUCCGUAUCUCACCGCGUUGACCACCUACUUCAGCUACGGGUUGCUCUUCGCCUUCGGCCAGUUCAGGGAUUUCUUCCGCAAAAUCUUCGACUGGUGCAGCUCCAACAAUCUUCAGGGUUAUGCGCCGAUCUGCUUAGGGCUCGAAGAUUUUUAUAUUCGCCGUUUGUACCUUCGCAUUCAGGACUGUUUUGGGAGACCAAUUGCAAGUGCUCCUGAUGCGUGGUUUGAUGUAGUGGAACGCUUCUCCAAUGAUAAUAACAAGACACUGAAACGGACUGAUAAGUUAAGUAGAUGCCUUAAUCUGGGAUCAUACAACUAUCUUGGAUUUGCGGCAGCAGAUGAAUACUGUACACCGCGGGUAGUUGAUACAUUGAAGAAGUAUUCUCCAAGCACUUGCAGUACUCGUGUGGAUGGAGGAACGACUGACCUUCACAAUGAACUGGAGGAGUGUGUUGCAAAAUUUGUUAGGAAGCCAGCUGCUAUAGUUUUUGGUAUGGGUUAUGUGACAAACUCUGCUAUUCUUCCAGUCUUGAUGGGGAAGGGAAGUUUGAUUAUUAGUGAUUCAUUGAACCACAACUCAAUUGUUAAUGGUGCACGAGGAUCAGGAGCAACUAUACGUGUUUUUCAACACAACGGCGAGUAUCUGCCAUCUCACCUAGAAGAAGUGUUAAGAGAACAGAUUGCUGAGGGACAGCCAAGGACACAUAGGCCAUGGAAGAAGAUAAUGGUUAUUGUGGAGGGGAUAUACAGCAUGGAAGGAGAGCUUUGCAAACUUCCAGAGAUCAUAUCUAUAUGUAAAAAAUAUAAGGCAUAUACAUAUUUGGACGAAGCACACAGCAUUGGAGCUGUGGGCAAGACAGGACGAGGUGUUUGUGAGCUAUUGGGUGUGGAUACUGCUGAUGUUGACAUUAUGAUGGGAACAUUCACCAAAUCUUUUGGAUCAUGUGGAGGUUAUAUUGCAGGAUCUAAGGACCUUAUCCAAUACUUAAAGCACACUUGCCCUGCUCAUCUUUAUGCAACUUCAAUUUCACCACCAGCCGCACAACAAAUAAUAUCAUCCAUUAGAGUAAUUCUUGGAGAGGAUGGUUCUAAUAGAGGUGCCCAUAAACUAGCACAAAUUCGAGAGAAUAGCAACUUUUUCAGGUCAGAACUGCAGAAGAUGGGAUUUGAGGUUCUUGGAGAUAAUGAUUCUCCAGUAAUGCCAAUCAUGCUUUACAACCCAGCCAAAAUCCCUGCCUUCUCAAGGGAGUGUCUCAAGCAGAAUGUUGCUGUUGUGACAGUGGCAUUUCCUGCAACACCACUUUUACUGGCCAGAGCACGUAUAUGCAUAUCUGCUGCCCAUUCAAAGGAAGACCUUAUCAAAGCCUUGCAGGUUAUUAGCAGAGUGGGUGAUCUAGUUGGCAUAAAAUAUUUCCCAGCUGAACCAACAAAGCAGGAACAAGGAGGUAAAGCUGUGAAGUUUGAUUGA